UCUUUUUGUGAUUUGUGUAUGUGAGUGGAGCUCGAUUUCCUCUCAAGUAUGUGUAUAGAAAUUUCAAGAAUUUAAUACCACCAAUAAAAAGUAAAGAAGAAAGAGAGAGUGGUAAGAGAAUCAACUUGAUAUAUCCCUUCCUCAAUUACUUAUCCUCUUUAGGGUUUUUAGAAACAAGUAGCUCAAAUAGAUAUGCUUCUUUUGAUCUGAUUCUCCCUCUCACUCUCUCCAAACCCCAAAAUUGAUGAAUUUUCACAAACAAGACAUGGAAUUUCUUACCAAAAGCACAAGAGAAGAUCAAGAUCAAGAUCAGGAAGAAGAUGAAGAAGAAGAUGAAGAUCAAGAACAAGAUCAAGAUCUUGUUGCAUGCAAUUUCUUCCCAAAUUCUCACACCCAAUUAACCAACCAACAAGACCAAGAUCAAGAUCAGGAAAGUGGGAAUUUUGAGUGUCAAAAUGAGGAUCAUCAACCAAUUCUCAUGGAUUUAUCCUUAAGAAUGGAAAGCAAUGGUUUUGUUGAUGUUGUAGAAAGAGAACACAUGUUUGAUAAAGUUGUUACUCCGAGUGAUGUUGGAAAAUUAAACCGUUUAGUUAUUCCAAAACAACAUGCUGAGAAGUACUUCCCUUUAGACUCAUCCACCAACGACAAAGGCCUAAUCUUAAACUUUGAAGACCGUCAUGGAAAGCCUUGGCGCUUUCGUUACUCUUAUUGGAAUAGUAGUCAAAGCUAUGUCAUGACUAAAGGUUGGAGUCGUUUUGUUAAGGAGAAAAAACUCGACGCCGGCGAUAUCGUUUCUUUCCACCGUGCUAUCCCGAGUCAUUCCGUCAACGACCGUCUUUUUAUCGACUGGCGUCGUCGUCGCUCCGACGCUCCUACUCCUCAUCACCAUCACCGCCAUUUCUCUAAUCCUUUUCUCCUCCGCUGGGGCACUACUGCUCGUCACUUGCCACAACCUCCGCCUCUGCCACGACGAACAACUCACCACCAACACCAUCUUUACCCUAAUUACGGGUUUGAAAUCCCUAAUUUUGGGAUGUCUAAUAUUAAUAAUUCUUCCAUGUAUUAUUUUCGACCAUCGUCUUCGUCUUCUUCUCUUUAUAGGAUGGGAAAUGGGGAUGAGCUUGUUGUUAAUAAUCAAGGAUGUUCUUCUAUGGGGAUUAUUAACAAACCUGGGUCCGGUGCCGCAAAACGGUUGAGACUCUUUGGAGUGAAUAUGGAGUGUGCUUCACCGGAUGGAGGAGGAGGAGGAGGAGGAGGAGAGGAUGUGUCAAACGGUGGCGUUCCGAAAAGAGGGAAAGAACCCUUGUCGUUGAAUUGGGAUUUACUUUAAUUCAAGAGACAAACGAGACUACAGAAACCGAAAGGAGGAAGAACAAAAAAAAAAAAAAAAAGGUUUGGGAAUUUUAUAUGGGAAUCUUCCCUUAUAUAUGAAUUUUUCUUUUUUUUCUUUUUUCUUUUUUUAAACACAUUUUGCUGUCUAAAUUUUCAAUCAAAAAAAAAAAGGAAGUUGAUGAAUAUUGGAAGUUGAAGAAAAAGAGAAGAUACUGAGAUAGAUCAAAUCAAUCAUCAAUAUUGUUCA